AUGUCGAGCGACGGCGAUUCGUCGCGCCUGUCGUCCUUCCUGGUUCGGCAGUUCUCCGCGCGCAGGCGGCGCGACGACGGCGAUGAGGGAACGGACUUCCGGCCGGAGGAGCCCAAGGUCCUCUCUGAGGAGACCAAGCGCAAGGCGGACGCCGCCAAGGGCUUCAUCGAGCACCUGUACCACAAGUCGCUGCGCGAUGAUUACUCGGAGCGGGUGGCGCGCCGGGCGGCUGUGGAGAAGCAGCUGCGGGCGGGGGAUUUGAGCGAGGAGGAGAAGCGGGAGGUGCUGGGCGCGUACCAGCAGAAGGAGAGCGAGAUCGCGCGGCUGAGGCGGGCCAAAAUCUCGGUGGACAAUUUUGAAGCGCUGACGAUUAUCGGCCGGGGGGCGUUCGGGGAGGUGAGGAUCGUGCGCGAGAAGGCGGGGCAGGGGCGGCUGCUGGCGAUGAAGAAGCUUCGCAAGGCGGACAUGGUGCGGCGGGGCCAGGUGGAGCACGUCAAGGCCGAGCGCAACGUCCUGGCCGAGGUGCACAACCCCUUCGUGGUCACGCUCUACUACUCCUUCCAGGACGCGGACUAUCUGUACCUGCUUAUGGAAUACCUGCCCGGCGGGGACAUCAUGACGAUGCUGAUGCGCAAGGACAUCCUCACCGAGGAGGAGACGCGGUUCUACAUAGCGGAGACGGUGUUGGCGGUGGAGGCCAUCCACAGGCACAACUACAUACACCGGGACAUCAAGCCGGACAACCUUCUGCUGGACCGGGAGGGCCACCUCAAGCUGUCGGACUUCGGUCUGUGCAAGCCGGUGGACGUGCAGCGGCUGCCAUCCCUGCCCGAGAACGAGGUGGUGGCGGGGAUGGAUGGGGUUUCGGGCAAGGGAGGGGGCUCGGGCCGGUCCCCCCGCGCCAUGAAGCAGCAUUGGCAGCAGAAUCGCAGGAAGCUGGCGUUCUCCACGGUUGGCACGCCGGACUACAUCGCCCCGGAGGUGCUCAUGAAGAAGGGUUACGGCAUGGAGUGCGACUGGUGGUCCCUGGGGGCGAUUAUGUACGAGAUGCUGGUGGGCUACCCACCCUUCUACUCGGACGACCCCAUGACCACUUGCAGGAAGAUCGUGUACUGGCGCACCUUCCUGAGGUUCCCACCCGAGGUGACCAUGUCGCCGGACGCCAAGGACCUCAUACAGAGGCUGCUGACCGACGCAGACGAGCGGCUGGGGGUGCAUGGGGCCCAGCAGGUCAAGGAGCACCCAUUCUUCAAGGGCAUCGACUGGGAGAGGAUCACACAGUGCAGGGCACCGUAUGUCCCAAAGGUGGAGCACGAGCUAGACACACAGAACUUCGAGAAGUUCGAGGAGGAGGCGCAGAUGAAUAAGGCAAGGCAGAUGCGGGCGCGGCACGGCCAGAGGGACCCAGAGUUCAUCGGGUACACCUACAAGAACUACGAAGCCACCACGGCGCAGGGUGGGGAGGGCGGGGUGGUGCAGCUCAAGAAAAAGGGCUCGGCGCGGGCCAGCCUGGCAGCCCUGCAGCAGAACCUGCAGCAGAUGUCCGUGGAGGAACAACCCAGGCAGUGA